CGGGGCGGCCAUUGGUUCCGAGGAUCACGUGGGUCCCUAACUUUGUUCACUUGACAGUAAGUAGGAGGGCUUUCGGAAACAGGAAAACGAGUCAGGGGUCGGAAUAAAUUUUAGUAUAUUUUGUGGGCAAUUCCCAGAAAUUAAUGGCUAUGAGUUCUUUUUUGAUCAACUCAAACUAUGUCGACCCCAAGUUCCCUCCGUGCGAGGAAUAUUCUCAGAACGACUACCUACCCAGCGACCACUCGCCCGGGUACUACGCCGACGGCGAGAGGCGAGAGAGCAGCUUCCAGCCGGAGGCGGGCUUCGCGCGGCGCGCGGCGUGCACCGUGCAACGCUACGCGGCCUGCCGGGACCCUGGGCCCCCGCCGCCUCCGCCACCACCCCCGCCGCCCCCGCCACCGCCCGGGCUGUCCCCUCGGGCUCCUGCGCCGCCGCCCUCUGGGCCCCUCCUCCCGGAGCCUGGCCAGCGCUGCGAGGCGGUCAGCAGCAGUCCCCCGCCGCCUCCCUGCGCCCAGAACCCCCUGCACCCCAGCCCUUCCCACUCCGCGUGCAAAGAGCCCGUCGUCUACCCCUGGAUGCGCAAAGUUCACGUGAGCACGGUAAACCCCAAUUACGCCGGCGGGGAGCCCAAGCGCUCUCGGACCGCCUACACUCGCCAGCAGGUCUUGGAGCUGGAGAAAGAAUUUCACUACAACCGCUACCUGACCCGGCGCCGGAGGGUGGAGAUCGCCCACGCGCUCUGCCUCUCUGAGCGCCAGAUCAAGAUCUGGUUCCAGAACCGGCGCAUGAAGUGGAAAAAAGACCACAAGUUGCCCAACACCAAGAUCCGCUCGGGCGGCGCCGCAGGAGGGCCCCCUGGCAGGCCCAACGGAGGCCCCCCCGCGCUCUAAUGCUCCCGGCGGGGGUGCU